AUGGGGCAUCGCACUCUAUCCUCCUUCCCGGCCCUGUGGGCCUCCAUCCCCUGUCCACGCUCUGAGCUGCGCCUGGACUUGGUUCUAGCUUCUGGACAAUCCUUCCGGUGGAAGGAGCAAAACCCUGCGCACUGGAGUGGCGUGCUGGCAGACCAGGUAUGGACACUGACCCAGACCGAGGAGCAGCUCUUCUGCACUGUGUACCGAGGAGAAAAGGGCCAGACUGGCAAGCCCACACCAGAAGAGCUAAAGGCCCUGCGCCAGUACUUCCAGCUGGAUGUCAGCCUGGCUCAACUGUAUCGCCACUGGAGCUCCAAGGACCCCCACUUCCAAAAAGUAGCUCAGGAAUUCCAAGGUGUUCGACUCCUACAACAGGAUCCCAUCGAGUGCCUUUUCUCCUUCAUCUGUUCCUCCAACAACAACAUUGCUCGCAUCACUGGCAUGGUGGAGCGGCUCUGCCAAGCCUUCGGACCUCGGCUCAUCCAGCUUGAUGAUGUCACCUACCAUGGCUUCCCCAGCCUGCAGGCCCUGGCUGGGGCAGAGGUGGAGACUAAGCUCAGGAAGCUGGGCCUUGGGUACCGUGCCCGCUAUGUGAAUGCCAGUGCCCGAGCCAUCCUUGAAGAGCAGGGGGGGUUGCCCUGGCUGCAGCAGCUGCGCAAGGCCCCUUACGAAGAGGCCCACAAGGCCCUCUGCACCCUGCCUGGAGUGGGCACCAAGGUGGCUGACUGCAUCUGCUUGAUGGCCCUAGACAAGCCCGAGGCUGUGCCCGUGGAUGUCCAUGUAUGGCAGAUCGCCCAACGUGACUACAGUUGGCAUCCCACAACAACCCAGAGCAAGGGUCCAAGCCCCCAGGCCAACAAGGAACUAGGAAACUUUUUCCGGAGUUUGUGGGGACCUUAUGCUGGCUGGGCCCAAGCAGUGCUGUUCAGUGCUGACCUACGCCAACCCCACCAAAAACCACCAGCAAAGCGCAGAAAGAGAUCCACAGGGCUCGAAGUCUAG